AUGGCCUUACCAACGGCGGGCUUGGUACCUGCGAAAUGGCUUGCAGCAGAUUUUAUUCAUCAACUGAGCUACUUGCAGUUAGCAUGUCUGGUUAAUACGGCCGGUGUUGUGCUUCUUUCGAUUUACUGCUGGUUUUCCGCUGCCAAAUACCCAGGCAUACCCCGAGUCCGCGAUGGUAUGAAGGCUCGAUUUAGUCUUAAGACUCGCUUAGCAUAUUAUGCGAAUUGUGAGGGGUUGUAUAAAGAGGCAUAUGAGACUUACCUGAAAAAGGGCCAACCAUGCCUCGUCCCAGGCCUCGGAUUGCGGACUGAAAUUCUCCUACCAAAGGGCACCCUGCGGUGGCUGGUAACCCAACCGGACAAAGUCCUAAACACACAGGAGGCAUUUCGUGAGCUGGAUCAGAUCGACUGGGCAGCCGACCACCACAAGUACGUCACCGAUCCAUGGCUGGCUAUGAUCCUCAAUCGCGAUGUGAAUCGCAACUUUGACAGAUAUCUGGGACCAAUGGGUAAGGAAAUGCAAAAUGCAGUUGAGAGGUGGAUUCCGAACAAGGACGAGUGGGAGGAAAUUCCACUUUGGGAUACAUUGAAACUCGUAAUUGCACAGUUCUCGAGUCAGUUUACGGUAGGGGAGCCGCUUUGUAGGGAUGAAGAAUAUCUCCGCGCUUCCUCUAAAUUCGUGGAUCUCUUCGCAACAAACGCGGGCUUGGUCCCCUACAUACCUGUACCGCUCCGCCCUGUCCUGUGCCCGAUACUGUACCUUCCAUUCCGUUUAAACUACUGGAAGCUGGAAAGGAUUUUGAAACCGGUGAUAAAGGGGCGUUUGGAUCGCUUUUUGAAACAUCAGCACUCUGAAACGAUAAGAAGCGAGCGGCAUCUCGGCAUAGACAGUGGCCAAAAUGAGCCCGAGGACUUACUCCAAUUAAUGCUCCGUUUCGCUCAAAGCGAUCGCUCUAAAGAGGAUUUACACGACAUCCACAGCCUUGCCUACCGGAUCUGCAUCAAUAACCUGGGUUCCUUCCAUCAGACAACUGCAACUGCGACAAACCUAAUCUUCAACAUCAUCGCAUCCGACAAAGAAUUCAGCACAAUCGCAUUACUCCGGGAGGAGAUCGAAUCUGUGCUUCCAAGGGAAUACUAUACUGUCCCAUCUCCUACUACCGAGCUAGCUGAAAAGGAAGAGAAAACAGGCGGCUGGUCAAAAGCUUCCGUCGCUAAGUUGGUGUUGAUGGACAGCGUGAUGCGCGAAACGAGAGCGAAGCUGGGUAGCGGCGAAGCCAGCACCAUCAGCGUCCCCCUCCCCAAGGGGGCGAUGGUUUCCAUCCUCUCGCGCGGCAGUUACUGCGAUCCCGACAUCUUCGAAGACCCCAUGAAGUUUAACCCCUGGCGUUUUGCGCAGCCGAAACGAGACCAUCAUAGCAACUUUCACCGUGACAUCCGCCAAUAUCUUUUUUCGGCCACGGCGGCACGCAUGUCAGCGCUUAUCGCAGAUGCUGAGACGAAAAAUGCUCUUGGCUUGCUUGCUCAUGAAAUUUUGAUGUAG